AUGACAAUCACUCUGCUUGACAUAGCGGCCCUGACUGGAAUAUCAAAGUCGCGUGUGAAAUCAAGGAGAGCCUUGGGUCCAGCUAUACCGAUAGCUUUUGACCGAUCUUACAAAUCACUCUACAACAGUAAUGCGCCGACCAUUCCGAGUGAACCAGUUUCCGACAGCAAGCGAGUGGCCUUUCUUUAUUACUUGUUUGGUCGAUUCGUACUUUGCACCCAACAAGCCAACAAAGAUGCGCAUAUAACCUCUGCAAUCGUCACUGGCGAAUGUACCAAUCUUUCUAAAAUUGUGCUCUGCCACCUCUAUUGCAGUUUGUAUACAAUCUUGAAUCGUAUCAAGGAGGCUAUAGACGAAAGUGGCAUCCUCAGUGUUGGACCCUUAUGGCUACUACAACUUUGGUUGCAUGCUUAUUUCCCGGCGACUCGUGGUCCUCUACCAGCUCUUCAAACGGCAGUUGAAGAUACCACCAUGCUCACAUAUGGCCAUUAUUUAGCUAAAGCGUCCUCGCGUAAAGAAGAUUUUACUAAUUAUUUUACAUUCUAUUAUGAGGUCCGAGAGAUCCCCAACCUCACUCCUUUUGUGGAACUGAUAUUCGACCCUGCUUCGUUCAAACUCACUUUUGACGAGCCACCACCGCUUGGUGAUCCCGCUACCGCCGAUUACAGUGAGUUCAUCCAGGAGCGAAAACGUUACUUAACAGCUCGGGACAUCCUCUUUGCUCCUAAAGGCUCAGAGGUACUCAGCAUUGAGGCUUACAACCCUCAACUUGCAGCUCGACAAUUAAGCCUUGUUCAAACAUGGCCUAUGUUACCUCCCUCAUCACUGAAUUUCCCAAAAUUCUACUAA